AUGCAAGUCAAUAGCCUCACUUUGAACGAGCAGAGACCAGUGACAUACCCCAACACGACGCGUGCGCGCACCGCCAUGGACCGCACAGCAGUGGUUAUCGAUCUCUGUUCCGACUCGGAGGCCGACAGCAGUGACGAUUGGUACAAGAUCGAGCCGUCGCGAGAGGCUACGCCAGUGAAGACACAGCCAAAACAAACGCCUACCGCGACGACAAUCACAGACGCGUUGACUACGUCGACGAAGACGACGAAGACGAAGAAAACAACAGGGGCGAAAGAAACGACAGCGACCCUGUUUACUCUGCCUGCUCCGAUUUUUGCCCGGCAUGCCGAACCACCCAGGAAGCGGGCCAAGACCAAGGCCAAGGCAACGGACGACAUGCUCGUCGCGCCACGGCAAAAAGUAAAAGCAGAGACGGCUCCGGCGGAGCGGGGAGAUGGGUCUGGCCACUCCGCCCUCCUCGCCAAGCUCAACGCCGCCCAGCGCCGCGCCGUCACGUCCACGGCCAACACGGUCGCCAUCCUGGCGGGCCCCGGCAGCGGCAAGACCCACACGCUGACGUCGCGCGUCGCGUGGCUCAUUGACCAGGUCGGGCACAUGCCGUCGAACGUGAUUGUGGCGACGUUUACGGUCAAGGCGGCGCGCGAGAUGAAGGAGCGCAUUGGCAAGGCGCUGGGCGGGGGGCGCGAGAAGCGCAUUGUGCUGGGCACGUUUCACAGCGUGGCGCUGCGGUACCUGUCGGCGUACGGCACGCGGAUCGGCGUGGCCAAGGGCUUCAGCAUCGUGGACGACCACGACAGCAAGGCCAUCAUCAAGCGCAUCGUCAAGCGGCUCGACGUGACGCUGGACGCGGCCAUGGCGCGCGGGUGGAUCAGCAAGAAAAAGAGCAAAGGGUGCGUGGGAGGGGAUGCCGACGACGAGGCGACGAAGAACAAAAGGACGAAUUUGCAGAAGAUGCAGAAGAACCGCAGCCAGCAGGCACAUGGCGCCGGGGGGUCGGCCGAGGGCAAGGACUUUGUGGCCGCGCUGCAGACGGUCUACGACGAAUACCAAAAGCACCUGCAGAGCCUCAACCUGCUCGACUACGACGACCUGCUGAUCCGCUGCACGGAGCUGCUGCGGGCGCACCCGGCGUGCGUGGCCAACGUCCAGGCCGUGCUGAUUGACGAGUACCAGGACACCAACGGCGUCCAGUUUGAGCUCAUGAAACUGUUUGCACAGGCGCGCCGCCGCAUCACGGUCGUGGGCGACCCGGACCAGAGCAUUUACGGGUGGCGGUCGGCCGAGACGACGAACCUGGCGCGGUUCCUGUCCGACUUCCCGCACACGGCCGAGAUUGCGCUCGAGGAAAACUACCGCUCGUCGCAGUGCAUUCUGAGCACGUCGCUGCAGGUCAUCCAGCAGGACCCGGCGCGCUACGACAAGAGCCUGCUGCCGGUCCAUAAGAAGGGCACGCUGCCGGUUCUGCGCCGCCUGCAGGACGCGAUGCACGAGGCGCAGUGGAUUCUGCAGGAAACGCGGCGGGCGACGCUGCUCACGGGCCACAUGCUGAACCACGGCGACGUGGCCAUUCUGGUGCGGUCGGCGGCGCUGUCGCGGCCGAUUGAGCAGGCGCUCGCGCGCGCAGGCGUGCCGUACCGCAUGAUGGGCGGGCGCAAGUUCUUUGAGCGCGCCGAGGUCAAGCUGCUCGUCGACUAUCUGCGCGUCGUCCACCAGCCGCACAACAACGACGUGCUGGCGCGCAUCAUCAAUGUGCCGCGCCGCGGCGUGGGGCCCAAGACGAUCCAGGGGUGUCUCGAGGAGGCCGAGGCGGGCAGCAUGAGUUUGUGGACGCUGAUCACGAAGCACUGCCGGGGCGACCUGGUGGCCAAGACGGGCAUCACGGCGCCGACAGAGAAGAAGAUGGGGCGCUUUAUCGACCUGAUCCAGCGCUUGCAAGGUCGACUCAGGGGCACGAUGGAUGAGGCGGAGGGGGCGGAAGAGGGACGUGAAGGAAAGGAAGCAAAGAAAGGAAAGGCAGGUGGGAAGGGUAGCGACGUCGGCGGCACCCUUACCGACGCCUUCACGCCAACCGAACCCGCAAGGGCAUACGACCUGGUCCAGCUGAUUGUGGCGCUGACCGAGCAGCUCGACUACCGCACGUACAUUGGCGAGACGUACGGCGGCGACGACGAGGCGCGGUGGGCCAACGUUGACGAGUUCGUGACGCUUGCGCGGGAGUUUAUGAACAAUGCGCAGCUGCUGAUGGCCGAGGACGAGCUGCCGACAGUGGAUGGCGUCGAGCAGACCAAGGAGACGGACGUGCUCAACAAGUUCCUGGCCAACAUCAGCCUCGCCGCCGACGCCGACAAGACGCAAGAGGGCACCGACGAGCCGCUGCCGAUGGUGACCAUCUCGACCAUCCACGCAGCCAAGGGCCUGGAGUGGCCUGUGGUGUUCAUCCCGGCCGCCUACGAGGGCUCGCUGCCGCACAGCCGGUCCGAGGACAUUGACGAAGAGAGGCGCCUGCUGUACGUGGCCAUGACGCGGGCCAAGUGUUUGCUGAACAUUAGCUACUCGCUCUUUGGCGCGCCGGACCGCGACAAGGAGCGCGAGGCCCGUCGCAGCGAGCAGAACCUGUCACCGUUCCUGGCCGACAUUGUCGACGUCUGGUGUGCCGAGCGCGGCCCGGCGUACGACCGCGCGCUGCUCGAGGAGAUGGGCGACAUCCUGGGGCGGCCGGUGCCCCAAGAGCGCGCCAUCUACCAGGACCUGCCGUCCAACGUGCCGCUUCUGGACGACGUGUUCCCGCUGGACCCGCUGGAGGCCUCGCGCUACCACAACGAGGACGAAGACGGCGGGGCGGGCAGAGCUACGCGGGCUACAAUGACAACAACCAAAAACUCGAAGCGGCGGCGGACGAUGACGGAGAUGCCAGAUUACAGCGGCGGCGAGCAAGGACCGUGGCAGCGCGGCUACACGACAACGAUGGAGGGCGGCGGUUCCAACUUUACAAUGGGCGGCGGUGCCGCAUACCCGGGCUUCACAACCGCCUCGGCACACCAUUCGGCCAUGCUGGAAGCCGAGGCUGCCGAAGCUGCCAAACGGCCGUUGCCUGGGCCGUCGACAUCAACAUCGACAACGACCGACAAACGCAAACGGGGUGCUCUACCGACAGGCCAGCAGACCAUUAUGCAGAGCUUUACGCGGAGCCACUCGACCGGCACAGUUGCUGAAACGACAGCAGCAACAGCAGCAGCACGAUCCCAAACCACUGCACCCGUCAAAGCCGGGUUCCAGCGAUCCUCGAGCAUGUUUGCGAUGCCGCACCAGCACCAACACCAAUACCACCAACAACAAGGCCCUGAUCCUGCUGUCCCUGUGGGCAUCCCGGCCGAGCUCAAGAACCGGUCGCUCGGUGGUGUACGGGGCAACAUGCUGCCGGCCGCGGUUGUUUGUGGUCCCGACGCAAUGGGCCAAGCAGGCGGCAAUGGCAAGGACAAGGACUCAGACAAGAACAAGGGCAGGCAGAAGCGGUACGCCCACUUUUCGAGCUCGCCGCCGCGCGAGGCAGAGCCGACGCUGGAUGAUGGACAGCCGCCGGUCGCUCUUCCACCGGUUGCGAGUGUGCCUCCGCCACAGCGGCCACAGCGGCCACAGCCGUACGGCUACAACCAGCCGCGACCGUACCGCGCGCCACAGCGGCCGGUGGUUGGUAAGGAGAACCACCAGCUGGGUGCUCUGGUAGGCAAGAGUGGUGGUGGUAUUGGUGGAGGCAGCGGCGGCAGCAUAGCAACGCGCCCAGUGACUUCAUUCCAUACGACUACAUAUGCGCAGGUGCAUGCAAACGGCAUUGGGCGAGGAGGUGGAGGAGGAGGCGGAGGAGGUCAGAGAGGCGGCACCCUUGCGCCGAUGGACCGACUGAGACAGCCGUUUAAGCCGCCAACGAUCCGGCGGCCGCAGUAG